AUGGAAGUAAACCAGUCAAACUUGUCGGGUGUAAAAUUGUUCUUUGAGAGUACGAGCCCUGACGGACCGCUUAACGUCGUCGGCGAGGGAAGCGAUGAUAUUGGGCCUUAUUCCAUUCAGGGUACUUAUGAUAAUAUAUCGAAAGCUAUUGCCUUUACCAAGCAGCACAUCAAUGUCGAUGCCAAUACGGCCUGGCGCUACCAAGGCAUUUAUAGCGGCGUUCUGUUCUCGGGGACAUGGGGUACUGAGGGCAAGCCAAAUAUGGGUAAUUUCUUGAUUAAGCAGAAGUCUGUUAUUAAAAGACAAUCUGAUGAGGGACCUUGGCAAGGAUAUUACUUUGAUGUAGAUAACAAAGAUGUCAUUAUGCUAAUCUACAUGACCGCAAGGAAAGAUCCAAGCGGCGUCGAAUUUCUCCAUGGCUCUGGUACAGAUGAAGUUGAGUUUACCAUUGAUGGACAAGUCGCAGUUGACAAUUCGGUCAGCUUAACCAAGAGAUAUGAGGUCAUAGUCAAGAUGUUAAACUAUAAAUUAUUGGCAAAUGAUAUCGAAAUGAAUGGUGGUAUGCUUCAUUUGCAAGGUUACGACGUAUGUAUUGUAUCGUAUGAUUUGAAUGUAUGA